AUGAUCUUUCAAAGUCCAAGUAAUCCAUGGGAAGAUAAUAAGACUUUAGCUCAAUUGUAUUUUGAUGUUGUUGAUAUGCUAGAUACAGCUGGAAAUUGGAGAAUGGAUUUACCAAGUAAUAAAAAUGGAACAAUGCAACCUGGUGAUUUAUGUAGAAUGGUAAUGAGAAUUUUAAUUGCUGGUAUUACAAUCUCAGAUCAAGAAUUACGUGAAAAAUGUAUCGAUCAAUUAGUGGAAUUUCUUGAAAGACAUGUAAGAUUACUACCUGAUUCAAUUUCUACUACUGGUGGUGUUAAUGAUGAUGUCACAACAACAACAGACAAAAAAAUUUUGGGAGGAUUUUAUUGUCAUGAUAGUGAUAUUUUUCAACAACUUAUUUUCUUACUUUUGGGUGAAAUUCAUGAUGCAUUUAAGUUUAUGACAAAUGGUGAUUAUGAUUAUAAAACAAUGGUAUUAUAUUAUUUUGCUAUAUACAAAUGCCGCAAUUAUCUAACUCUUCUUAAUGGUGGUGAUAAUCCGAUUUUUGAUGAAGUUUUUGAAUCCAUAUGGUCAGGAUCAAAAUUAAAUAUUCCUAUCUUUACAAAAUUUGUUGAAUCGCUUAAUUGGAUGGUAAUACUUGAUAAGUAUGCAGUCCAAGCUAGGAGACAUGCAGUUUGUGUUGAAUUUUCAAUGGUAAAACGUAUGUUAGCACAUUUUUCGAAAAAAUUAGAUAUGUUCCUACAUCGCUUGAGAAAAGAAGAAUCAGUAACACUUAAGCUGGAGGAGAUUUUUGACAAAAAUUUAAAUCUGAUCAUCAAAUCUUAUCAAGAUGAAGAAAUUUCUCAUCUAAAUAGUCUUGAAAUUGAAAAGAAAAAUGAUUAUAUCAGGACUUCAAGAAGAUGGUUAUCCAAGUUUCAUGAGUUGACUCAAGAGCGUGGUGUCUGGUCAAUAGGAGGGAAUAAAGCUGCUGCUGAUAUCCAUUGGAAACUUGACAGAAAAGAAAAUUACUCAAGAAUGAGGCGAAAGCUUACAACCAAUUAUGAUUAUGAUCCGCAUCUUGAAGCAAGUGCAAAAAGAAAUAAAAUGCAUAAAUUAAACAGCAACAAUAAUAAUUCAUCAGCAUCUCAAAAUAAAAUCAAAAAUAUUCAAAGAUUAAGAAGGGCAUCAUUAUCAUCUAAUGAUAAUAAAUUUGGAUAUAAUCCACCACCAUUUUUGAAUUCAAUUGAACCAUUAACAGAUGGUAAUUGGGCUUUUAAUAUAACUUCUUUAAUCUCUGAAUCUGAUAUCACAGAAGAAUCAGAGGAUCAAGAAUGGAAUAUUGUCGUGGGUGAUGAUGUUGUUGAUGUUUUUGACCUAUCAUCUGACAAAUUUAUAUUUAAAGCAGAUUGUGAACUAAUAAUACAGUUAUCUGCCAUCAAAGGUCAUUUAGAACUUACUACUACUCAUUUAUCAUUCAUAUUGGAUCAUCAAGAUUUGUUGGAACAACUCAACAAUAUUGAACAAGGCUCUAUCAUUCUAGAUAGUGAGAUGCUACUAGACAAGAAAUGGCCUAUUUCAGAUAUACGAGAGAUUCAUAUGAGAAAAUACCUUUUGAGAAAUAGUGCUCUCGAAUUGUUUCUUACAGAUCAAACCAACUAUUUUUUUAAUUUCUCAAAUCCAAAAGAUAGAAAAACCCUUCAUUCAAAAAUAAUAUCAUUUCAUCCACCCUCAAUGAUCAAUCAAGAUACUCACGAUCCUAUCAUGAUGUUUUCAAGGUCAAAUUUGACAGGACGUUGGCAAAGGCAUGAAAUUUCCAAUUUUGAAUAUUUGAUGCAUCUGAAUAGUUUUGCCGGAAGGUCUUACAAUGAUUUGUCACAGUAUUUUGUAUUUCCAUGGAUUUUGUGUGAUUAUGAGUCAGAUACAUUAGAUUUGUCUGACCCCAAAAUUUAUAGAGACUUGUCUAAACCAAUAGGAGCUGUUAACCCCACAAGACUGGAACAAUUUGUUGAGCGGUAUGAGUCCUUUUAUGAUCCUUCUGGACGUAUAAAGCAAUUUCAUUAUGGAACACAUUAUUCAAGUGCAGCAACAGUGGCCUGUUAUCUAAUUCGUUUAGAACCAUUCACAUCUAUAAAUAUUUCAUUACAAGGAGGAAAAUUUGAUCAUGCUGAUAGACAAUUCCAUUCUAUCCAAGGAGCUUGGAAAGCUUGUUUAAAUUCUAGUGGUGAUGUCAGAGAAUUGAUUCCAGAAUUUUUCUAUCUUCCAGAAUUUUUGGUAAAUCAUAAUAAAUUUGAUCUUGGAGUUCGACAAGAUGGUGUAUCUGUAGAUGAUGUUAAAUUGCCAAAAUGGGCAAAAUCCCCUGAAGAUUUUAUUCGUAAGCAUCGAGAAGCAUUAGAGUCUGACUAUGUAUCAAAAAAUUUACAUCAUUGGAUAGAUUUGAUUUUUGGAUAUAAACAAACUGGAGAAGAAGCUGUUAAAGCAUAUAAUGUGUUUUAUUAUUUAACAUAUGAAGGUGCUAUUAACAUUGAAAGUAUUCAAGAUCCGAUUGAAAGAAAAAGUAUUGAACAACAAAUUUACCAUUUUGGUCAGACACCCACUCAACUUCUCAAAGAACCACAUCCCAAACGACUUCCUAGUAAAAAAAUUUUGAAAAAAAAAUUGUUGAAUUCCUUGGAUUGUCAGAAAUAUUUCUCAUUGAAAUCUAAUCAAUUAGUUUUUGUUGAUUUGCCAUUGCCUGACUCUAUAAACUUUUCUGCAAUUGAUUUGCAACAAAUUAUCACUGUUGAUGAAAAUGGAUUAGUUGGUAAACAUAAUCUUUUGCCUGAACCAACAGCUCCAGAAAUAAAAAGAUUUGAAGUAGAUCCUGGCUUACAGUAUAAAAGUCAAUUGGGUAGUCCAUUUUCUUUUGAUGUAAAAAUUACACCAAGAAGUUUUGCGUGUAGUAAAGAUGGGAAAGUUCUUAUAAGUUGUGGACAUUGGGAUAAUUCAAUAAAAGUUACAUUGACAGAGACAGGAAAGAUUAACGACAGCAUAUCAGGACAUAAUGAUAUCCUUUAUUGUCGUUGUUGUUAUGCCGCUAUUAUAAUUAGGAUCAGUGAAGAUGGAAGAAUUGUUGUUACAGGUUCAAGGUCUCCUGAUUUGUUAUCUUGGAAGAUCAAUAUGACUGAUGAUUUUGAAUUUUUAAAUAUUGAACAUACACCCAUGCAUUCAUAUUAUGGCCAUGAUGACGAGAUUACCUGUAUUGUUGUUAAUGCAGAACAUGACAUAUUGAUAAGUGGAUCAAAAGAUGGAACAUGUAUCAUUCAUUCAUUAAGAAAUGCAAAUUACAUACGAACAUUAUGUCCAUUUGAAGAUGAGGAAUCAUCUGUUGAAUAUGUAUGCAUAACCAAAGAUGCUAACAUAGUCAUAUAUACAGAAUAUAAAAAUGAAUAUUUUCUUCAUACUUAUAGUAUCAAUGGAAAACUUUUAAAUUCAAUGGAACUUUCUGCUAAAAUAGAACAUAUGAUUUCUUCAACUGAAAGUAAUUCAAUAGUUACAACAACCGAUGGAGAAGAUGGAGAAGAUGAAAAAAGUUUUAUUAGAAUAUAUGAUGUUUUAAGCCUAGAGUUGCAUCAUGAAUUCACAGUUCCAUUAAUUGCAAAUUGUCUUAAAUUAAGUAAUAAUGAUAUGCAAAUAUGGAUAGCAGGAAAUAAUGGCAAAUUAUUAAUAGUUUCCGAUAACGAUUAUUCAAUAAGAAAAUUUCCACUGAUUUAUAAAAGAAUAUUCUUUAAUGCAAAUAAUCUAAAUAAUAAAAAUAGAAUAAUUAAACCCUCCCAAUUUGUAAUGAAAAGUAAUCUGUCUCAAGAUGAAUAUCAUCAACUAUCAGAAGAGACCAUGGAAAAAUUAUAUGAAAAUUUGGAAAGUCUAGGAGAAGAAAUAAAUAUCAAUGAUUAUGACGUUGAAUAUUCUUGCGGCUCAACAGGCACAUAUGUUAUAAAUAAACAACCUCCUAAUAAACAAAUCUGGUUGUCAUCACCAGUUAGUGGGCCAAAACGUUAUGAUUAUGAUUUCAAAGAUGAAAAGUGGAUUUAUCAUCAUGAAAAUUCAACCUUGGAUGAAUUAUUAAAUAACGAAUUAUCACAAAUUUUCAAGAGAGAUGUAAAAUUAUCUUUUUGA